ACAAAAGAAUUUUUACAAGAAUGAUUAUUACAAUUUCAAACAAUAACAGAUAUUGAGUCGUACUACAUAUGAAAACCUUGUACUUCCUUAAUGUCGUAACGUAGACCGAAAAUCAAACAACAGCCCAUCAUUUUCGUAUUGAGCUAGGCCCAAAAGCCCAUGCCCAGCCCAAACUAGCUAGAUAUUAAAUAGUAAGAGAAAAACCCUAAUUCUAACAUUUUUAAGCAUCUCCAAAACAACAGCCAAUUACUCUUCAGUCUCAGCCGAUCUUAAACCAUGGGUCGCGUUCGCACAAAGACGGUGAAGAAAUCGUCCCGUCAGGUAAUCGAGCGGUACUAUUCUCGAAUGACCCUCGAUUUUCACACCAACAAAAAGAUUAUCGAAGAAGUAGCUAUAAUCCCAUCCAAGAGGCUCCGUAACAAGAUUGCCGGUUUCUCGACCCAUCUUAUGAAACGUAUCCAGAAAGGACCAGUUCGCGGGAUUUCUCUUAAGCUUCAAGAAGAAGAGCGCGAGCGUCGCAUGGAUUUUGUCCCCGAUGAAUCGGCCAUCAAGGUCGACCAAAUCGAAGUUGAUAAGGAAACACUUGAUAUGCUUUCGGUUCUUGGAAUGGGUGAUAUUCCCGGCCUUGUUAAGGUUGACCCGGUUGCUGUUUCGGUUCCUCAAGUUGGGUUCGGUCGCGGUGGUGGACCCGGGAGGAGGUUUUGAGUGGUGGGUCUACAUGGAUUUCAUGGGUUUUUUUUUUUAAGCUUCUAUGUUUUUUUGUUCUGUUUUGGGGUAAUUUCUAAUUUUGUGUUUUUUAUGGAACAAUACUAGUUAAGUGGAACUGAAAUUUUAUCAAGUGUGAUGUGUACUUUAUUUUUGAAGAAAUCUGAAAUGGGUAAUUUUAGUUUCUGGUA